AUGUCUAUCAAUGCUGUUGUCGAUGUCAAGCCUUUCAAAACCAUGUGGAAGAUCAAGGUGAAAGUGAUUCGGUUGUGGAAACAGUAUUCAGCCGCUGGAGGUGAAACCAUUGAGAUGGUUCUAUGCGAUCUUAAGGGUGGUAAAAUUCAUGCUACUGUGAAAAAAGAAUUGGUUGCUCAAUUCUCUCCUUUCUUAAUCCAAGGAGAGUCGUUGAUGCUGAUUAAUUUUUCAGUAACUCAUUCAUGUGGUUCCUACAGAACUACAAACCAUCCUUACAGGAUUAGUUUCCUGACCACGACCCGUGUUCGAUCGUCUGAGAAAUUGCCUGAGGAUUUAGCAGGUUUCGAACCAGUGAAGUACACAGAAGUGCUCGAUGGAACUCUUAACCCCGAUUACUUGGUUGAUGUUAUCGGCCAGAUUGUUGAAAUAAGUCAUAUUGAGCAUGUUAAUGUGAAUGGGAAGGAGACAGAGAAGAUCUCCUUAGAGUUGCGAAAUGCUGAUGAUGAAAGACUUCCAAUGGUGCUUUGGGGUAAAUUUGCUUCUGAUGUUAGCGAGGCUAUGCAAGUUCGCGAUGAACAUUUAACUGUUUUGGUUUUACGCUUUGCAAAAAUCAAAGUGUGGAAGGAAGAAAGAAGUGUGAGCAAUGCCUACAAUGUCAGUGAAAUUGGGUUGAAUCCUACGAUGAUUGAAGUUGGAAAGUUCAUUGCAAGUUUGCCUAAGGAUGACCUACCUUUAGCCAUUGUGGAGUCUAAGUACUCGGCCAUAGUGAAUGGUGUUUCGGAGAAAGAUGAUUUCUUUAUACAUACACCAAGAAAAACCAUUGCUCAGAUUCUGGAUACAAAACAGGUUGAGAAGUGUAUUCUGUUGUGCACAAUCGCUGCCAUUGACUCAGACAUGGGGUGGUUUUACCCAAGCUGCAAAGUCUGUUCAAAAAAAGUGUUGACUGUUCCUUUUCCUAACAAUGAUGAUGGUGGUGAGGAUGAUGAUUUCAAGCACACUUAUUAUUGUGCUAAGUGCAAGACUAACAAUCCAGCGACUCUGCCAAGGUAUAAAUUGCAUUUGGUUGUACUUGAUAACACAAGUAACACUAAGUUACUGGUGUUUGAUAAUCAUGCUAUGCAACUACUCAAUCAAUCAUGCUUGCAGCUUGCUGGACCAUCAAACAAAUUCGAGAUUGAAGAAACUAAUGUGCUCCCACCUGCACUAAACAGCAUAAUUGGUAAAACGUUCUUAUUCAAGAUUCAAAUUGAAAGGGAAAAUUUCGUCUACAAGCAUGAAACGUACAAGGUUUUGAAGGUCAUCACCAACAAGGACUUGAUAGCUGAUUUCGAAGAAGCAAAUUCGGAGAAUGCAAGUGAAGGGGGUCAAUUCCAUGAUAUGGAUACUCAGUCAGACGCACCAGAGGCCUCUCUUGCCAUGAUUGGUUCAGCAUCAGACCAGUCUGAGUCGUUUGACCUGACUCCAGCUAAACGCAUUAGGCCAGUGAACCUUGAAUUGGAUGAAAGCUUUGACGAGAAUUCUGUGACAAGGAGUGUCAGUUCUGUGAAGAUCAAGAAGGAGAAGUGCUCUAAAAGUGGCUGA